GUCUUCUUCAUCACAACGUACUGCUUCCUCUCCCUUUCUCACUCGUUGCCUCCCCCUCAAAUGUAUUCUCUUCUCCAAUCCUCCCCUAAAUCUUCCCUUUCCUCCUCCACCCACUACUUUGUUUCUCAAAACAAGAAGGGCAACCAUAACCCACCUCCCCAAGAAGCUUGCCGUUACAAGAUCCAAUACUUGUAACUUGUUCCUUUUUAACCCUCAAUUUCCAAAAACCAUUUCACAUUGAUGAGUCCUCCGAUUUGACCAUUUGGGAACAAGAAGUGUGAGGGGAUUCAAGAAUUACUGAAAAACUAAAGAAAAUAAAAUUGGGUCAUCACCGACAUCGAUAUUGUGUGCUGGGUUAGAUCUGGGUUUGCAAGGAACCCAGAUUUGUCCCAAACCCAAAUCAUCUGAGUUUGUGCAGACACAACAUUGUCUUCGCACAAACCCAAUCACAGCAAGGGAGAGGGGAAGAGAAAUGUAGUCGAAAAUGGGUAGAAAAAAGGUAUUGGAAAAGUGCUAGAUUCAUGGAGAAGAAGAUGAAUAGGGGAGGCACCUAUUUUCAAUCUGUUUGGAAAGGCACAAGGAACAUGGUAUUUGAGAGAUCAGAUAGGUUUGCAAGCCGUUGGAAUCGGGAUCAUAAGCCAACCAAAUGCAUGGUGAGCACUUGAUCAGUUGGGCGUUGCUCCUAAGCCCAGGAGACUGCUGUUGACUUACAAUGAGCACAAAUCCUAUAAGUUGAUGAUAGUAAACGCUAUGAAAUAUCUCUUGGGAAGGGGGAAAACCGAUGUUUAAAACGAAUGGAUCUCAUCAAGGCAUUAGUUGAGCCUUACCUGACAACACCAUCCGUUUUGGAUGCCAAGUGCUCUCCAUCAGAUUAGAUCCUUCAAAUUCUUACCUUCAUUAUGGCACUGUCAUUAGAGCCAUGGUAAUUCCUUUCUUGAAAUCUAACAAUUAAAUUUCAAAAUUAAUU